AAGUAAUAUAAAAUUGAGGAUCCAAAAUAAAAAGUAUCAGAGUUUUCUCAUCCCCACUAAUUAGAUAACAAUGCUUAAAUGUAAUCUUGAAAAAAGUAAUAAAAUUAAUGAAAAUAAUCAGAAUUCAUAGAGUGGUAUGCAACUAUUAAUUAUUCAAGGAAUAAGCAGGUAAUCAUAAGAAUGUUUAUAUGAAAGAAAAAGGAACUUUAUAGGAUAAACAAAUUCAAUAGGUAUUUUUAGAUGAACAAGGAAAAGAAUAUCAUUUAUACCUUAAAUUAAUGAAUUGUAAUAAUAUCUAGAUUGAUGCAUUAUAUUAAAGAAAGGAGUCAUUAAAUUAGAGAAAAACAACAUUAUGA